CUCGAAUUCACCCCGCUUCGUUCAAAGUCUAAUCAUUCCUAUCACCAUGCGUUUCACCACCGUUGCACUCAUCCUCUCCGUUGUUGCCUUCGUCUCGGCCAACCCGCUUGCUCGUCGUGAGGCUGAAGAUGUUGCUGCUGAAAACAUUACAUGCACUUUGGGCGGUGGAGAAUGCCCCUCUGGAUACACUUGCUGCAGAGAGGCCAAUGGUUUCCAAUGCCGAAUCGUCCCUCCCGGAAUGAUCUGCUUGACGGAUUGAAGUGAGGUACCCGAUGGAAAAGGAAGGACAAGGAUUUGAGGUUGGAAGGGUGUUAAUGUACCGAGACUGACUGAGUGUGUCGUAACUUUGCAUUUUUUGAACGAUAAUUAUCACGGCCGCCGUUCAUCCUCUCGCUGG